ACGAAGGUCUGAAAAACGGUCAUGGAAAAAGUGUGGCCACGUGGGAAAAUUGUAAAAUAUACAUUUAGCGCAAUUGUGAUAGGUUUAGCAUUAGGUUUAUUUAAUAAGAAAAUCCUUGUGGCAUAAAUGCUGAUUGGUUAAGAAGAUUUAAAGCAGAUAUAGGGCACUGUAUAUUCAGAUUUGGGUGAACUAGCUCGAUCAAAGAAAACAAAUGGCCGGGCUAUCAUCACGUACCAUUGUUGUUUGUUCCAUCCCAGCAGUAAUUGCUAUUUUGUCAAUUAUUUGGUUAGGAAUGAAACAAAAGAAAAAACAUAAAGAAAGUAAAGAAGAAAAACCUAAGAGAAAGCAAGAAGUACACCAUAUUUCAACAACAGAUGUAUCAAGUGGCAUUCCAGAUGUACAUGAAAAAGCUGAGAGAAUUCCCUCAUGUCAUGAAAAAGAAGCUGCUAGAGAAAUAGCUGUAAAGAUUGUUGAUAACCUUAACAAAGAGGUUGAAAAGUACCACAAAGUACAUAAAAAGAGAGGGAUUUCACAAGCAGAGAAGCUAUUUGAAGCAGAACAUUCAGAUGAGGAAAAAGAAGUGAAUGUAGAGUUUCCUCCGCACAAUUUGAAUAAUGAGCUUAUUGAAGAUAGUGAGUUAGGUACUGAAUAUAAAUAUCUGGAAACAAGUUCUGAAAAUUAUUCAUUCACACUUGAGAAACAUAAUAAAAAUAAAAGUUUAAAUGUUUCGGAAAAAGAAAAGGUUGUUAACCAAAAAUUUUUUAAUCCUAUUGUAAUGCAUUCUGAACAAAUUCCCCCAUCUGACAGAAACAAACCUUCUAUAAAACCAGUGCUUUGUAAUGAAACAGAUGUUAAUAAUGAAACAGUAAGUAAUGAUAGAAGUUAUAAAGUAGACACUGAAGCCAAAGAAAUGUUAGCUGUAAGUUCAAAUGAUAAGCAAUUUUCUCAAGUUAUCACAGAAGGAGUAUCUGAAGUUUCAUUUAGUUUCACAGAAAGCAAAGGAUCGGGGACAAAGAGGAGCAUUGACAAGUUGCAGUUAAAUUCAUUGAGAACACUUAUGGAUUCAGAUAAUUGUAAUCUUAAUGAUAAAUCACUUGCUACUGUGUCAAUGAGUGAUUUGUGUUCAAAGGUACUAGAAGUCUCAAAAGAAACAGUUAUUAGUCAAUUAACUAAUCAAGUCUUUCAAGAAACAGACAGUACUAGUGUACUUUCACAUUCUGCUCAGUUGAGAGAACAAAAUAUUAAGUGUCAAAGUGAAGAACUGGCUAGUAAUGGGGUAACACAGAAAAAAGACAUUCAUCCAGAAGUUAAACAAGGGCAAGUAAUCAUCCUAGAAUGUGCUUCAGGAAUGGAUACAAAUGAGCAUCUGACUUCAUCUCAAAGUGAAGAGUUGGUUAGUAAUAAUGUAACACAGGAAAAGCAUGUUGAAGCAGAAGUUCAAGAAGCACAGAUGGUCAACUUAGAAGAUUCUUCAGAAAUUAGUACAGAGCAGCAGCUGACAUCCCAAAAUGAAGAGCUGGUUAGUUAUAGUGUACCACAAGAAAAACACAUUGAAGCAGAAGUUCAAGAAUUACAGAGGGUCAGUCUGGAAGAUUCUUCCGAAAUGGACACAAGCCAACAGCUGACAUCGCUUCAAAAUGAAGAGCUUGUCAAUAAUGGUGAAACACAAGAACAACACAUGGAAGCAGAACUUCAAGAGUUUCAGAGAGUCAAUCUGGAAGGUUCUUCAGAAAUGGACACAAGCCAACAGCUGACAUCACUCCAAGACGAAGAGCUGGUUAGUUAUAGUGUACCACAAGAAAAACACAUUGAAGCAGAAGUUCAAGAAUUACAGAGAGUCAAUCUGGAAGAUUCUUCAGAAAUGGACACAAGCCAACAGUUGGCAUCGCUUCAAAAUGAAGAGCUGGUUUGUUAUGGUGUAACACAAGGAAAACACAUUGAAGCAGAAGUUCAAGAAUUACAGAGAGUCAGUCUGGAAGGUUCUUCAGAAAUAGACACAAGCCAACAGUUGACACCACUUCAAAAUGAAGGGCUGGUUUGUUAUGGUGUAACACAAGGAAAACACAUUGAAGCAGAAGUUCAAGAAUUACAGAGAGUCAAUCUGGAAGAUUCUUCAGAAAUGGACACAAGCCAACAGUUGACAUCACUUCAAAAUGAAGAGCUGGUUUGUUAUGGUGUAACACAAGGAAAACACAUUGAAGCAGAAGUUCAAGAAUUACAGAGAGUCAAUCUGGAAAUUUCUUCAGAAGAGGAUACAUGUCAACAGCUGACAUCCCUCCAAAAUGAAGAGUUGGUUAGUUAUGGUGAAAUACAAGAAAAACACAUUGAUGCAGAAGCUCAAGAGUUACAGAGAGUCAGUCUGGAAAAUUCCUCAGAAAUGGACACAAGCCAACAGCUGACAUCAUUCCAAGAUGAAGAGCUGGCUAGUAAAUGUGCAACACAGGAAAAAUAUAUUUUAGUAGAAGUUCAAGAGGAAUAUAUAAGUGCCAUGGACAAUAAUUCAAGAGCAGAUAAAAACCAGCAGCUAAAAUCAUUGGAAAAGGAGGUAGCAAGUAAUCAGGUAACACAGCCAAAAAAUAUUGAAUCAAAAGUUAAGGAAGGGCAAACAGUUCACCUAGGAAGUUCUUUAGAAAAGGAUACAAAGCAGCAAAUGACACUAGUCCAAAGUGGAGAGCUGGUUAUUAAUGUUAUAAAUCAAGAACAACCUGUUGAAGCAAAAGUUCCAGAAGUACAGACACUUAUCCUAGAAGCUACUUCAGGCAUGGUGACAAACCAACAGUUGACAUUGUCUCAAAGUGAAGAGCUUGCUAGUUAUGGUAUAAUACAGGGAAAACAUAUUGAAGCAGAAGUUCAACAAGUGCCAUUAGUCAACCUGCAAGAUAUUUCGGGAAUAUUUACAGAGCAACAACUGAAAUCAUCUCAAAGUGAAGACAUAGUUAUUAAUGGUGCAACACAGGAGAAACAUAUCAAAAGAGAAAUUCAAGUAGUGCAGGCAUUUGAUUUGGAAGGUAUUUCAGGAAUAGGCUCAGAUGAACAGUUGCCAUUGGCCCAAAGUGAUGAACUGGAUAGUACCUGUGAAACUUUUAAGAGACAUGUUGAAGCAAAGGAUCAAGUUGAAUUACCUCUGAAUAAAGAAAAUUUUAAUGGAGAGAAAACAAGCCAGAGGUUGGAGUCACCUCAGCCAAAAUAUGUUAAUCAUAUAGUUGAUACCGAUAAUACAAAAUGCAAAAGAAAUCACACUGACUCGAUUCUUUCUUAUCACAACCCUCAGCUACGCAGGCUUACCCACCCUGAACCACAAGAUGCCCAUAGUGCUGUUCCUCCGUAUGAUGCAAAUAAUCUCUCAGAUGAACGGAAUACAGAAAGCCCUCUUCAUGGAACUUUCUCUGAUGUUCAAAGUGAGGGAUCAACUGAUAGCAGUAAAGGAGCAGGUGAUAUCCAGUCAGGAAUCGAACCUUCACAAGCCUUGCAAGCUGAAUCUGUGAUUACUGUGUAUGAGUUUGAGCUUCCUCAAGAUCUUUGUGGGCGUUUAAUUGGCCGUCAGGGAAAGCAUGUCAAUUAUAUCAAGCACCGUUCAAAUACGAAAAUUUCCAUAAAAAGACAUCCCUUCAAUCCACAUUUAAAGCUGUGUGCAGUGGAAGGUACAGAAACUGACAUAAAAACUGCACUGCGUCUAAUCAGAAAAAAGUUUCCUGUGAACUGCUAUCCUGCUGUCACCCUUGUUCAAGUAAAUGUUCCUCUUACAUGUGGUAUUCCUGUGCCAGAAACAUUGCAGCUUCAUCUUCCAGAAGGAAUAUCCUCAGAUGUUAUUUUGUCCAGCAUGGUCACUGCUGGUCACUUUUUCUUGCAGCAGCCAACACACCCAUCAUAUCCCUCUUUGAGUCAGCUGGACCAAUGUAUGGCAACAUGUUAUACACAGGGGGACACACCCCUUCUUCCCCAGCCUGUAGAAGCAGGUGUAAUUUGUGCUGCUCCCAUGAUGGGGGGAUGGUAUAGAGCCCAGCUGGUUUAUAUGUAUGAAGACACUGAAGAAUGUGACAUUAAGUAUGUUGAUUAUGGUGGAUACUCUAAAGUAUCCGUGUCAUCUCUCAGGCAAAUAAGGAGUGACUUCAUGAUAUUGCCUUUCCAAGCAUCUGAGUGUUACUUGGCAAAUGUGAAACCUAAAAAUGAUGAAGCAGUGUGGUCUUUAGAAGCAUGUGCUGCAUUUGAAGAAUUAGCACAAGGGCAGGUUCUACGGGCUUUAGUGGUAGCUUAUGCUGAAGAUGGUAUUCCCUAUGUACACUUGUACAGAGUCCAAGGAGUUUCAACAUUGUUUAUCAACCGGGAACUGGUAAAACGAGGAGCAGCAGAGUGGAUUGAACAUGAGGGUUAAUUCAGUUUUCCCUGUGCUAUUUUUACUAUCUUUUGUGUGUAUCGUGCCAUUAAACAUAACAGGUGCAGCUUCUGUUUCCUCCUUAUCCAUCCAUAUAUUGUACUCUUUUUCCGAAAGCGGUUCAGGUUGAAAUGUGAAGAAUUUUGUUAGUUUUUUUCUCUUCCUUAAUGUGUGUGUUAUAUUAAAUUAUGUGUGAAAGUUUUGUUCUCGAUAAUGUAUUCUAAUAGUAUAGAUAUUUUUUUUUUCAAGCCAGUGUGUGUCGCUUGUUCAUCAUUUAUCAGAUGUCACUUCAUAAUGGUGUUUGGUUUAGGUUGCUAAAAUUACAAAAAAGCAGUUGUUUGUGUUCCCACUUGAGAAGUAAAAAUAUAUUAGUGUAUUAAUGAUAGCAUUUAGAGUAUUAGCUAUAGAACCCCGUGUUGUGCAGUUUUCCCAUGGGAAAGGCUGAAAAAAUUAUCAAGAUUUCAGCACUUAUAAAUGUUUGUUAUUAGUUUGCAUAUUAAAUGCUACUAUGUAGGAAAUAAAGUAACUUCUUAUUGUAUUUUUCAUUGCCAUUGUUAAUAGUAAAUGAUAAGGACUUUGUUCUUUUCCCAGUUGUCACAUAUAUUGUUGGUUUGAAUAUGCGAUAUCAUGUUCUAUACACUUUCCUAUUGUGUCUUGUACCGUAGUACUUUAUAUAAUGUCAUUAUAUUUUGAUGAAACCACAAACUCAACACAACAUACAAAAAUUCAGGGGAAAACUUGCAAAAUGAGAAUGUAAAACCUGUAAACGUGUUUUAUGUCCAAGGCUCCUAAUAUUUCUAAAGGGUAGAUGUAAUUAAGUUAUAAGUUUCUUAAUAAGAGCUUUAUUUCUGCAUUUGAUGUUUUCGGAAGUGGUUUUAUCACUCUAAAUACCAAGUAGUUAAUUGUAGAUUUAUAGAGAAAUACAAAAUAAAAGAAGCACCAAUAAUUAAAAAUAUGUAAAUUCUAAUUAGAUAAAUAAUAUUAAUUAAUAAAUAGAAAACAACCUGAACAAACAUGUAAUAUUUUUAAAAUUAUUAUCUUUUGUAUUACUACUACUAUAUGACUGAUAAAACUUCAGGAAAUCCAGGAUGUUGCCUAAGUUGUUGAAGUAUCAAACUUGCAUACACAUUUCUCUCGAAAUAAUUCCUCAACACUUCAGUGACUCCAAAACUACACAAACUUUUGUUAAUAAAAUACCAUUUCUGUUUAUUUUGUAAAGAAUUUUAAAUUUAUUUCAUUCAUAUUUUAUUGUUUAUUAUACUGUCAUUACAUGCAAGUUGAAAUUAACUUUACUAUAAUUAGCAGAUUCUCAAAUUGAAAGGCCUAUGGCUUUCAAACUAGAGUAAGUUAUUUUUUUUAUAGUUUCUUUUAUCCUACUGUUGACUAGUUAAAUUGUAGAUAUCUUUUCUAUGUGUGAGCUGUAACACUCAAGUAUACAAAGCAGUGGAAUUAUAUUAUAUAUAUAUAUACUUUUUUCUUGGUAUUGUCUGUAUGGCUGCUUGUACAUGUAUAUAAGGCAGUGUUUUGUGAUGUCAUUAAUUCUUCAAAAUAACAGCAGUGUCAGUUUCAACUGAUAAAAUACAAUAUAUUCUAUAAAUUUUUUUCUUCAGAUAAUAUUUGUUCUUAAGUCAUUGAUCAGUAAUAGAUUUUACAUUAACUUUCAUAAUUCAGAUUUCUUUGCUUGAAUUACUCAUUUUGUAAGCUUGGAUAAUGAUAAUGAGUAAGUAAACAUUAGAAAUUGAUGAUUUUAAGAUAUACUGUGUAUACACUAAAAAUUGUUCAGGUUUAGGACAUUUUUCAGGUCAGUUAACUGUUUUCAUUAGUAAAAUAAAUUUACAAAAAUAAUUAGCUGUUUCUAAUAUGCUUGUAGUUUAAACAGAUAAAUAGGUUCAGGUUGAAAUAUAAAAUUAAGAAUAUUUAGUAUUAAAAAUACUUAGAUAUUUUUAAGACUUGCUGCAUUUAUAGACAAUUUGACAAAUGGUAUAAUUGUUUAAUCUUGUGCCUUUAUGAACUGUAUUGAAUUUGUUUUUCUGUUAUGAUUGUAUAUUCUUAAAUUCAAGCUUGUAUGUUGCUAUGUACAAGAACUGUUUAGUGCACAGUAUCUUGUAAUGAGCUAUUAGUACAUCUUCCUUGUAUAAAGUUUUGCAAGAGCUAAAUAGUAAAUAAAGAUAUUUUCUUCCAUUUUCA